UAUUAUAAGGGUGUUUCUACAGAUAUUCUCUGAAUCAGCCAGAAGUUGGAAAGAUUUUUUAUAAGAUAAAUCUCAUAAUAAACCUAAUAAUAAAGGUUUUUGUUUGUUUGUUUAUUUCGAAUAAACUCUGAAACUACGGGAUAUUUUGUCCCUGUAUUCCUACAAGAACGGAAACUACGCCGAUCAAACUGCAGGAAUCUGAUAGUAUUAAAGAUUUACAAUGGCAACCUACAGAAAAAAAUUAUUUCCUCCGAACAUUGAAACAUGGAGUGACAAACAAUGCCUUGAAAUAUCCCGCACAGAAAUGUUCCCAGUGAUUGUUAAAGACCUUGGAGUACAAAAAAACAUCAUAAGCCGCUUCCUUAAUUUUUAUUUGGGUGGGAAAGUACAAAAGGGAUUAAGCCCCAGAGACUUAAUUUUUGCUGUGAUCUCAAUCAUGCCAAUUUCUCUGACAUCAGAAGAGUUUAUAUGGACUGAAAGUGAAUAUAGUGAGGACGGCAAAUUAUUUUUUCUCACACCAGAUGACAAAUUGAAGUAUGAAAUAAACAGUGUUAUUAAUAAGAGAUCUGAUGAUAAUAAUGAAAAUGUAUCUAUAGCAGCUGAAGAACUUACUGAAGCACAGGAUCAACUCGAUGAUAGUCAUGAGAAAAAAAUUAUAAACAUUAUCAAAGUAGAUUCAAAUAAAGAGAAUGUUACCUCUGAUACACAUAAUCAAAUAAAGAUAGAAACAAAAUCUGAUGCCCAAAAGGACUUGUCAUCCACUAUGGAUGAGAAGUCUGAAGUAAAGCCCACUUUGAAUAAAAAACCACCUGGCAAAUGUGAAGGACCUUUACUUUGGUACAGGUUGAAAAAUGAUCAGCCUAAAAAUAAAAAUUCUUCUGAGGAAAAAAUAUACACUCCAGCUGAUAAUGUAGCAUUCUGCAUAUAUUUUAACAGGCUCCUGGAUCAUUGGGAUACAGAUGAGCAGGCCAGAAUUUCUGUAAAGUAUUUCUUUGCUAUGGCAGGUUUAUAUCUCAUGAGAGGUAAAGUAAAAACGUGUCAAAAUUUAACAAAAUAUUUUGCUACCAAAUUCCACAGUAACUUACCCUGUCAGGUAUCUACCACACCUCACAAAGAUUUUGUAAAAAAGAGUUGGAAAUGUUUUCGAGAGAAUGAUAACAAGACAGCAAUAAUGUUUGCGAAAUUGGUAAUAUUGUCUUUUGUUAAUUCAAAUAGAUUGGAUAAGUAUGAGAAAACAAAUAUAAUCAGAUUUGCUGUUUUAUCUCAUACAGCAUAUUCUGAAAUGGGAAUCAUUAAUAUGUUUCAGCAACUUGCUAGUCAAACUAGUAAUUCUGAGCAGUUUUGGUUAUUGUUUGAAAAUAUGUAUACAGAACAGACAGCAGUGUCAUGGAAUAAUGUGAAUGAUUUCUUCAAAAAAUAUCUGUGUUACAACGGUACUCAUCACUGGGCUGGUAUUAUAUCAAGCAAAACAUUUGCACAUCUUUCCUGUAGCAGUAAUUAUGAGCUAGCUGUUGUGGUCGCAGUGUUUAUUGAAAAAUUGACAAACAACGUGGGGGUAUGGCAAUCGGCUUGGGUUAGCAAAGGAAGAAACCUUGAGGAAUGUAAGCAGCUUGGAUAUGAAAUAUACAAGAAGUAUAUUGAAAUCGAUAAAGAUGUCGAAAUCAGUAAAAGAUCAUUUUAUCCUUUGUUUAAACUCAUACUAGACUUAGACAAAUUGGAAAUCCAUGAUCAUAAACCAGACUUUGAAGAAUUGGAAAUCCGUGAUGAUAAACCAGACUGACAAAUUGGAAAUCCGUGGUGAUAAACCAGACUUUGACGAAUUGGAAAUCCAUGAUGAUACACCAGACUUUGACGAAUUGGAAAUCCGUGAAUAUAAACCAGACAUUAAUGAAUUGGAAUUCCGUGAUGAUACACCAUACUUUAAUGAGUUGGAAUACCGUGAUUAUUUUAGCUAGCGGACGCCCGCGACUUCGUCCGUAUGGAAAUCCGUAUAAAGUUUCAUUCCCCUGUAUUUAAGUUUUUUGGCAUGUUUUAAAGUUAUAUAUUGUCCACAUAUAGUCAUAAAUAGUCCACUAAUCACUUUACAAAACUAUAACUCAUAACAUAAACGAUUUAUAUUAAAAACUUCAACCCCUUUUUAAUCCUUUAGGGGUAGAAUUUAGAAAAAUCUUAAAUGACAUUAUUUUUAGUAUUUUUUUGGUAGUACAUAUACCAAUUUUUACAAAAGUUACUUAAAAAAUUAAGGAAAUUCCAUACAAACUUCCAACCCCAAUUUCACCCCCUUCUGAUUUGAUUUUCGUGACAAAAGUAUCAUGUAAACUUGUUGUGACAACAUAUUUUUAGGUUAGUCUAAUCUAUUCCUAAUCGUAUCAAGUUUCAUUUAAAUUCAUUCAGUAGUUUCAGCGUGAUGUCCAGUCUACACAAUUACGGACAGAAAAAAGACGGAAAAUUAUUAAAAAAAUUAGCCUCAGUAUCCAUUAUAAUUUACAACUUUUACAACAUUUUUUUUUUAAAUAUCUUCAAGGUACAGAAUUUGACUUGUAAAAGUUUUAUUAUAAGUAUAGAUUUAAUGGACCUAGAAAAUAAAUUAUGUUAGACCCAGAA